GAAGCGUUUGUUUACAAAAUGGUGCAAGGACGUCUGCCGUGUCAUUUGAACCCGUAAAUAUCCCCGGGAAGGCCAUUUAACUGUGUUUUUGGGUCUAAAAUAACACAAAAUUGCACUUGAACUACGUUGCGGUUCCUGGAUCCUAAGCGCUCACUCCACAAACACAGUUGCGAGCAGCACAUGACUACACUGUUUAUGAGGUGACGACAGCUAGAACAAAAGAAACCUGAACUACUCACUCCACAUCUGCGUAGAUACUCGAGGUCAAGUGAGCAUUAUGGCCAUUCCUCCACUCUUUCCAAGUCUGAUGCCAAGGAUUGCUGAUCCAGCCUGGUUUCAAGUUGAUAAACCUGUUGAUGUUGCUCAAGAAUUAAAGGAGCAAGAGCAAGUGUACCAAGCGCAGUUGCAAGGAAUAAUGCAAAAGGGCAGUGAAAUAAUCCCCAUUGGAAAGAGUGCUACCGAACAGUACAGCGAAGAUGAGGAGGAUGACAAUGAUGAUGACUACGAUGAUGAUGAUAAUGAUGAUGAUGAUGAAGAGGAUGAUGACUCAGAGAUGAAUGAUGACUACUCUGACCCAAUGUUGCACUGA